AUGAAAACGGACAAGCUGAACGAGAACCAAUUCGGAUUCAGGCCACUGACCAGCACUACGGCCGCCCUCAAGGCGGCCAUCGACAGAAUCAGACAAAACAAGACAGACGGACUCAUGACUCUGGCGGUGUCCUUAGACAUUAAGGCCGCCUUCGACAAUGCCUGGUGGCCCGCCCUCUUCCACAGACUGAGACUCAUCGACUGCCCCUCUAAUAUAUACGGACUUAUUCACAACUACACAACGGACAGGACAGUCACUCUGGACCACGCCGGCUGUAGAGUGUCCAAGACUAUGACCAAAGGCUGUAUACAGGGAUCCGCCUGCGGCCCUAUCCUGUGGAACAUCAUCCUCGAUGAGCUCCUGGAACUCGAUUUACCCUCUGGGUGUCGACUACAGGCCUUCGCGGAUGAUGUUCUACUCGUCGCGGCUGCCGGGGAUUUGGCUACACUGCAGAACAACACUAAUCACGCACUACACACGAUCGUGAGCUGGGGAAAGGGGGUCAAGCUCACGUUCAGCCCAACAAAAACACAAGCCAUCGCCUUCAGCGACAAGGCAAGACACGCACACAUACACAUCGACUCUCACGCACUACACUUCCAGGAUGAUAUCAAAUUACUUGGCAUCAUCCUGGACUCAAAGCUACUAUUCAAUAAACACGUCACACACGUCAUCAACAAGGCCACCCGCAUCUUUAACAAACUGAUUAUGUACUGCAGACCCACCUGGGGUGCCCACCCGGAGAACAUCCGUACCAUAUACCUCCAAGUUAUCCAACCUAUUAUCACAUACGCCGCCGGCAUAUGGGGCCAUGUCGCCAAGAAGAAAUAUAUAAGACAAAAACUCCUCAGUCUACAGAGAGGAUUUGCCAUCCGGGCCAUUAAGGCCUUCCGCACCGUGUCCACAGUUGCCGCCAUAACUCUGGCGCGCUUCACUCCACUGGACCUCAAAGUCAUCGAGGUCCGGCGAAUCGAAAUGGCUCGACUUACGGGCAAAAGCGACUUUCUUCCUGGCGACAUCCCCCUAGAACGACACAUCCCUCCCCAUCGACUCCUACACCCAGCCGACAGAAUCACCAUUCAACCCAAAUUUUUCAACUCGCAACCCGAACUAUCUGAACAUCUCUCUUCCCUCCCACAUCCCAUCGUUACCAUCUACACUGAUGGCAGCAAAUUGGAAGACGACACAGUCGGAGCAGCCUUUGUCUGCUUCGAAAGUGAAAAUAAUAUGCCGACCAUCCGCAAAUUCAAGCUUCACAACUGCUGCUCAGUCUUCCAAGCUGAAUUAUUCGCUAUCCUCCAAGCCGCCGGGUGGGCCUCCCGGAAAAACUACACUCACACCCUCAUUCUGUCAGACUCCAGAUCCGCCAUCCAAGCCACUCAGAACCGCAGUAACACGCACCCACUAGUCUCUAAAAUACACAACACCAUACACACACACACCGGCUAUAUCGACUUUGCCUGGGUCAAAAGCCAUGCAGAUAUAGCCGGGAACCAAAUUGCGGACACGAUGGCGAAGCUAGCGACCAGGGCUCACAAAGCCCCGGACUACCACUAUUACCCUAUCAGCCACAUAAAGCGACUUGCGAAGGACGACAGCUACUCCGCAUGGAACCGGUGGUAUAACAACGAAAUAACCGGCAGAUACACACACACACACCUCCCCACAAUCGACGACGUCCACACUCUCUUCAGACACACCGACAUUACGUUCACACUUACACAGACACUCACAGGACACGCCUACAACCUCACAUACUUGCACAGAUUCAAACUCACCGAGUUCGAGGUCUGCCCCUGCGAUGGUGUCUCUCGGCAAACCCUCGAACAUCUUUUACAGUUUUGCCCCAGAUUCGCCAGAAACAGACACGAACAUGAGGCGGUCUGCCGUUACCUCGGAUUCUCUCCGUACAAGAUAACUGAUCUCAUUAAAAACGAACACUGCAUCCAGUCCUUUGCCAGGUUGGCGAACUCGAUUCUGAGCGUCCUCAAGGACUUUAAUAACCCUUGUACUACUUGA